AUGUUGUUACUAAGUCAUGAAGAGUAUCCACUUAACUCGUCACCUGAAGAUUGGAAAGAAGGAGAUUUCAUUAUUAAUUACUCUUCAGAGAAUUGCCCGGCUGGAUCCAUAGAGAAUUCUCUUAAAAAACUAAAAGAAACUAAAAAGAACUCAUAA